GGGCCCCCGGGGUCAGCGGGCAGGCUUGGGGUGCAAUCAGGCAAACCCUUCCUCCCCUUCCCCCAAGCCUCCGCAAGGGCCCGAGCUGGGAGGGGGCCAUGGUCCUGUUGGCCCGAGGCCUCUCCCCGCUCUCCGUGCCGGGAUCCAGCUCCGGACCCGCUUCGAGGCUCUCGCGUGGCCCGGCCCCUCGCUGUGCGUCUCGCGGCUCUCGCUGCCAGUCUCUGUUGUGCUGUCCCAGUCUGCGCCCCUCGGGGUCUCCGAGCUGCGGCUCCCCACCCGCUUUGCCUCCCGGUUCGGCCUCCGGGGCCUGGGGCGGGGGCAACAGGGGGAGGGGGAUGUACUCCUUGCCUCCUCCUCCUCCUCCUCCUCCUCCUCCUCUUCCUCCUCCUCCCGCCCCCGCGUCGGAGGCCGCUGCUCGGCUCCUUUAAGGGAGCGGGAGGACCGGGAGAGGAGGCGGCGGCGGCCGCGGCGGCGGAGCCGGGAGGGAGCGGCGAGGAGCGAGCCGGGAGCCGGGAGCCGGAGCAGCCGGGAGCGGGCAGGAGCCGGGCCAUGGCCACGGGGGCCGGCCCCGACCGCAGCCGCGCAGCUGGCUCCCUUCCCCGUGGCCGGGCCCCGUGGCACGUCCGUGACAUCAUGAGUUCUGCCGUGGAGAGCUCCGAUGACGAGUUCUUUGAUGCCCGAGAAGACGUGGCAGAGGGCAAGAGCGCCCUUCUCAUUGGCAUGAGUCAGUGGAACUCCAAUGACCUCGUGGAGCAGAUUGAGACCAUGGGGAAGCUAGAUGAGACGCCAGGAGAUCCGGGCUCUGGCCUCUGCACAUCCAGCAUCCUUCAGGAAAAACAGCGAGAACUGUACCGAGUCUCUUUGAGAAGACAGAAAUUUCCAGCCCAAGGCAGCAUCGAGAUCCAUGAAGAUGCCGAGGGAGGCCCCCAGCAGCGGGCCUGCAGGACGCACGUGCUCCUCUUGGUGCUGCACGGAGGCAACAUCUUGGACACGGGCAGCGGGGACCCGGGCUGCAAGGCGGCCGACAUCCACACCUUCAGCUCCGUGUUGGAGAAGGUGACCCGCGCCCACUUCCCCGCGGCUCUGGGCCGCGUGCUCACGCAGUUCGUGCCCUGCCCGGCCAUCUGCUCCCAGGCCUUCUCCCUCAUCUCCAACCUGAACCCCUACAGCUAUGACGAGAACUGGCUGAGCAGCAGUGAGGACCACAUCCCCCUGGCCGCCCUGCCCUUGCUGGCCAUCUCUUCCCCCCAGUACCAGGAUGCAGUCGCCAUGGUGAUCACCCGCGCCAACCAGGUCUACAGCGAGUUCCUCAAGUCCCCAGAUGGGAUCGGCUUCAGCGGGCAGGUGUGUCUCAUUGGUGACUGUGUCGGGGGCAUCCUGGGCUUUGAUGCCAUCUGCUACAGUGCCAGCCCUGCGGGGGACAGUCUGAGCAGCAGCAGCCGCAAGGGCAGCGUCAGCAGCACCCAAGACAACCCCAUCCUGGCCGAGGACGACUGCAGCCUCAGCGACGCCUCCCGCCUCAGUAAGAGCAGCAUCGACAUCCUGGGCACCUGGGAGGACGAGGAGCCGGCGCCCGCCCUGCCCCGGAAGCAGAGCGACUCGUCCGCCUGCGACUGUGACGCCAUCAGCCAGCAUCACUCCUUCUUGUCCAGCAUUCACUCCAGUGUUUUGAAAGAUGGUGCCGAGCCCCCCACAGCUGGACCCUCCCAGUUCUCCGAAGCCAGCCUGAGCCGGUUUGACUUCAACGUGUCCGAUUUUUUCCUCUUUGGUUCCCCAUUGGGCUUAGUGCUGGCCAUGAGGAGGACGGUCCUACCUGGGCUGGAUGGCUUCCAGGUACGGCCCGCCUGUAACCAAGUCUACAGCUUCUUCCACGCAGCCGACCCGUCGGCCUCCAGGCUGGAGCCCCUGCUGGAGAAGAACUUCCACCUGCUGCCCCCCGUCAGCGUGCCGCGCUACCAGAGGUUCCCGCUGGGGGACGGACAGUCCCUGCUCCUCGAGGACACUCUGCAGGCCCACAGUGCCCUGUUCCUGGAGAACGGCCCGGCCGACGCCCCGUCAUCCCCAGAUGCCCCAGCCCUGGUGCUCCCGCCCCCUCGGGGUCAGAGGCCGGGCAGGAGGCUCAGCGAGGGCAGCUCCAACAGCGAGAGCUCGGGGUCCAGCGAGAGCCUGCCUUCCGCCAGCAUGGCGCACAUUGUCUCCAAAUGGUGGGGAACCAAGCGGCUGGACUACGAGCUCUACUGCCCCGACGUGCUCACGGCCUUCCCCACCGUGGCCCUGCCCCAUCUCUUCCACGCCAGCUACUGGGAGUCCACGGACGUGGUGGCCUUCAUCUUGAGACAGGUCAUGCGCUAUGACAGUGGGGCUGUAAAGGAGAGCCACGGCCUUGACCCCUCCACGCUCAGCCCAUCCAACCCCAGAGAAAAAUGGCUUCGCAAGCGGACCCAGGUCAAACUGAGGAAUGUGACCGCUAAUCACCGCGCCAAUGAUGUGAUUGCUGCAGAAGAUGGUCCGCAGGUCCUAGUGGGACGCUUCAUGUACGGACCCCUUGACAUGGUGGCCCUCACGGGAGAAAAGGUGGACAUUUUUGUCAUGGCGGAGCCGUCCUCAGGCCGCUGGCACUACUUGGACACAGAGAUCACCAACAGCAGUGGACGCAUUACUUACGGUGUGCCCAAGCCCAAGCGGCUGGGGGUCGGGGUCUAUCCCAUCAAGAUGGUGGUCAGAGGGGACCAGACCACGGCGAUGAGCUACUUGACGGUCCUCCCCCGGGGCAUGGAGUGUGUCGUGUUCAGCAUCGAUGGCUCUUUUGCGGCCAGCGUCUCCAUCAUGGGCAGUGACCCCAAGGUCAGGGCGGGAGCUGUGGACGUUGUCCGGCACUGGCAGGACCUGGGCUAUCUGAUCCUCUACAUCACAGGGCGGCCAGACCUGCAGAAACAGCGGGUCGUGUCCUGGCUGGCCCAGCACAACUUCCCCCAAGGCAUGAUUUUCUUUUCUGAUGGACUGGUGCACGACCCCCUGAGGCAGAAGGCCAUCUUUCUGCGGAACCUUGUACAGGAGUGUUUCAUCAAGGUCAGCGCGGCCUACGGCUCCAUGAAGGACAUCUCAGUCUACAGCGCCCUGGGCCUGCCGCCCUCCCAGAUCUUCAUCGUGGGCCGUCCCGCCAAGAAGUACCAGCACCAGUGCCAGUUCCUCAGUGAGGGCUACGCGGCCCACCUGGCCUUGCUGGAGUCCAGCCACCGGGCCCGGCCCAAGAAGAACAACUCGCGGGUGAUCUUGCGCAAAGGCAGCUUCGGCCUCCACUCCCAGCCCGAGUUCCUGAGGAAGAGGAACCAUCUGCGCCGGACGAUGUCCGUCCAGCAGCCCGACCCGCCGGUGUCCACCCCGAAGCCCGAGCGGGCCCAGAGCCAGCCGGAGUCGGACAAGGACCACGAGCGGCACCUCCCGCCGGUGGGCUGGGCACGGGGGGGCCCCCCCAAGUUUGAGUCGGUGCCCUAAAGUCAGGGAGCCAUAGUCUGGGGCCGCCUUCCCGAGCGGGAGGCCUGCCUGGAGGCGGAGGGGCUGGGUCAGGGGUCAGUCUGCCUUCUCCCAAACACAAGGAGCUCUUCUUUGUUCCCCUCCCUGUGUCUGUCCAGAAAUGCCCCCGGAGUAGCUGUGCCCCAAGCCCCGCAGUGUGUCCUGUGACACUUGAGGUGCAUUUGUGAGGGUGUGAAGCCCUGCCCUGGGGACAGAACAAGGGAUGGCCAGGACUGGGGCUCCCCCUAGGCCCUGGGCGGUUUCGGGGGCUGGAGGUGAGUGGGCCUGGGAAGGGCCGCGCCGGUUUUGGUCCAAGAGCUGUCCUCAUUCGCCCACUUUGGGGUGCUGCUUGUCUAUCGUCCGUCUAGGCUUGGGGUCUUUUCCUGGAAAGGCCUGGGGCUGGGGGCCCCGGCCUGGGUGCUGAGGUGCUGGGGAGAACCCCCGCCCAGGCCCGCCUGUUUCCAAUGCCCAGCAGGGUCUGCUUUUCCAGGGCUGCAGCCACCACCGCCCUUGGCCCGCCCCCGGGGGUCUCAGGUUGCGGAGCCCCCCAGCGCUGUCUGCAGGGCCUUCUCAGAACGGUGGCGGCAGCCUUUGCCGCCUUCUGCCGCUGACGGUGCUGUCCCUCUUGGGGGCUCGAGCUCUGAGGCCCACCCAGCGUCCCGUGGGCUUCCUCUACAGGACUAGCCCCGGCUCCGUCCCAGUGACCACGCCGAGCCCUUCCCUCGAGGGGCCUCCGUUCCCUCCCAUGUAAAGCAGGCAUCGGACCCAGAAAUCUGCGGGAUCCCUGCCUGGCCCUACCCCUCUGGGGACCGACCCUCCAGUUCCGAGUAGGGUUCCCUCGUCCCGACGCCCCCUUCCUGACCUGCCAAGGCUCAGACAUGCCCCUUUCCCGAAUGCUCGCCCAGGGCUGUUGGUCAGUGAGGAAGCUUAGGACAGAGGGAGGGGUGAAAAAGGCCGCCGAGGGUGGAGGGUGCCCGGGCUUCUAGACAGCGCCGGGCCAGGCUCCCUUUGGAAGGUGAGCUGGGCCACUUCUUGCUCCAUGUCCUCAUGUACCGUGCCCGCCCCCAUGCAGGUGCCCCCUCAUGUACCGUGCCCGCCCCCACACACCACCCUCCCACACCACGCCCCUGAGCCAAUCUGCUCCUAGCUCCACUACUGGCCUUGGCCCCUGGCUGAUGUCCGGCUGUAGCUGCCCACUCAGCCUGAGUCUGGGCCUUUUCCUUAGGCAUUUGGGAUCCGGAGCCACGCCAGUGCCUCCCUGCCAGGGAAGCGACCCCGGAGGGUGGGGACGGCCCCUUUGGCCUCCAGGCCCUUUGGUCUCCGUCUGGUGAGCGCGACUCUUGCCCAUGUCUACCUCUGCCCACUGGGGAGCAGACGGCUCCAGCCGAGUUCCCCUGGCCCCGGACUCCAGCUGUUGAGCGGCAGUCAGCCAGUCAACCAACCUCCCAUUAAGUGCUUCCUGCUGCCCACAGGCGGCUGCCCUCCCCGCCGAGGCCCCCGGCUCUUGUGGCUCAGCCUCUGGGAGCCCCGGCCCGGGAAGGGGGAAAAGGAGGCCGCAGUCUCUGCCCAGCUGUCUGGCUGUGGCUCAGCAGGGGAGCUAAGCCCUGGCAGGGGCAAGGCCCUGGGUUCAUUGGGUGGCGCCCUUGCCCUCCCUUGUGGGUGCGGCCCCAGAUCAGGGCUCCUUCUCAAGGCCCCUCCUCUACUUCUCCUUGGGGCAUCAGUGCCACGGGAGCUGGGGAGAGGCCUUGGGGGUCUGCCACCCCGCCUCUCUGAGCAGGGCUGGACUUGGGGCAGGAGUUUGGGGUGCCGAGCGCCCUCCAUGUUCUGGAGGUGUCCAGGGAGGGUGCUGGGUGCUAAGCUGCCCAGGUAGCUCCUUGUGUGAUAGGGGGCUGCCCAGAUGCCCACACCCACAUGGCUCCCCACACAUUGUCCGACUGGUCAGUCUGUGCUCUUCCCGUGAAGCUGGAGGAAAUGUAGAGGGUGAGGGCUGAGCCUGGUGACCCCCUGGGGGCCGGCGCUGCCCCCCUCCCCCAGCCCAGCGCUGCAGCCCUAGUCCCCCGGCCUCCCACUUGGGGUUUGCCUGUGCUUGUGAGCUGGGAGCGCCGGGGCUUUCUCUGGCUUUCCUGCUGCCCUCCGUCCACUCUCCACUUCUGCCCCCAGGAAGGCUCUUGCUUGUCUCUCCCGACGGCCAGCACCACGGUGGGUCUGGGCUGGGGGCACAAGCGCGCAGGAAGCUGCUCCCAAAGGGCGCAGACUUGGCCGAGACUUAGGGGGCUGCACGGAAGGAGAUGGGACCCUCGUCCUCAGGCCCAGAGAUGCCUGAGGGCCUGCGCGUCAGGGUGGGCUGCCCAAGGCCUGCAUUAAUUGCUUUCCUGCAUUUCCUUUUCCUCUCUCCCAGGUGAGGGGAGCUCCACCCUGAGACCCUUUUCCCCUCAGACUCUGUGGGCCCUGCCCUUUGACCUUCCCGGCCCUUUUUCUGAAACCUGGACUUCUGUAGGUCCCGUUGGGUGAGAGGAGGGGCACUUGAGACUCUUCCCCUGGCUUCUGGGGAGGACACGGGGACAGAGGAAGGUGGUUGGGCCCCUCACCAGGGACCCCCCUUCAACAGCGUCUCUGGAAUGAUGGCCUUUUUCUUGGCUCUCGUGACGGUCUCCAUUAAGUCCGUGUCGUUUCCAGUGUCGUCCGUGGUUAUGUGGUGACCGAGGUUGCUUCUUCUGCCUCUUUGUACAAAGCGGGUCCAGACGUGUACAAUCCCGAAUGAGGCGUCCGAUCGGCGCCAAGGGUCUGCGUUUUGUCCGAGCCGGGCUCUGCCUCUCCAGUGCUGUCACAAAUAAAACCUGCCUUGCCUUUAAA